AGUAUAUCGGUAUAUAAGCCGGGAGGGGCGUCGAGGUUGGUAUCAGUUGUGUUUGGGGAUCCUCACCAUCAACACAUCCAACAGAAUGAAGUGCCUGAUCGUUGUCGCGGUGGCGCUGGCCGUGGCCUCGGCGUCCGAGGUCGCCCCCAAGGAGAAGCGCGGGCUCUCCUCUCUGGGCCUGGACGGUAUCGGCUACGGCCACGGCUACGGCUACAGCCAGGGGCACGGCUCCGACUACGAGCUCAGUGGUCACGACCUGCAUGACCUCCACGACGACCACCACCAUCACGUCAAAACCCACGUCAUUACCAAGCCCGUCGCCUACUCCAUCCCCAAGCCUGUGCCCGUGACCAUCACCAAGCACGUGCCCUACGCCGUCAAGGUCGCCGUCCCAUACCCCGUCGACCGUCCUUACGAAGUUGCCGUUCCGAAGCCCUACGCCGUUGAGGUCAAGCGCCCUGUCGCCGUCCCCGUCGAGACCCCCUACCCCGUCGAGGUUAAGGUGCCCGUCAAGUAUGCCGUACCCGCACCCUACCCCGUCGCCAUCAAGAAGCCCUACGCCGUACCCGUUGAGGUCCUCAAGCCCUACAAGGUGCCCGUCAAGGUGCCCGUCUACGUCAAGGACCACCACGACGAGCACUACAGCCACGGUCUGGAGGACUCCAGCCUCAGCCUGGGUCUGAGCCACGGUCUCGGCCACGGAAUCAGCCACGAGCUCGGCCACGGCCUCAGCCACGGCCACGACCUGAGCCACGGCCUCGGAUACGAGACCAAGUACGGCGGCAGCCACAGCUACGCCUACUUCCAGCAGGGUCACGGCGGCAGCUACGGCCACGACUACGGUCACGACUACCACCACUAGGGUACGGCCACCGCGCCAAAUCUCGCACCUCAUUUGUAUAGUAUCUCACCCUUGCCAUACAUCACCUCAAACUGUGAUCAAUUUAUAGUCCUUAUAUCGUCAAAUAAAAUGUGUUGAAUUGUGUUAAUACUU